UAUCUGUUUUUAUUGAUUACUCCCAAGAUCUUCACAUCACUAUCUGGUCAAACCUAAAUCAUCACAGGCUGAACAUCAAGUUUGGCUGUUUUCAUGUCAGAGCUGCAGCGUUUCCUGUCAGUCGCCUGAGAUUCUCGGAGACCUCGUCUCCUCCUUCAGAUAUUCUGCAGGAAUGAUGAGAAAGCCAACACGUCUAAUUAAAGGCAGUGCAGAAGAGAAACAAUGGGAGGAAUUCACAAGGAGGAACUCCGCUCAGUUCCUCGUCUCGGAGGGUCUCUGCUGCUGAGGAUGGACGCUCGGAUCUUCACGCUGCACGUUCUGACGCUCUGCUGCCUCAUCCACGGCUCUCUGCAGGGUGUGUACCAGCGGCGCCUCUACAAGGAGCUGAUGAGGAACUACAACCCGCUAGAGCGACCGGUCAGCAACGACUCCCACAGCCUGACGGUCCACUUCAGCUUCAGCCUGCUGCAGAUCAUGGACGUGGACGAGAAGAACCAAGUCCUGACCACCAACAUCUGGCUGCAGCUGUACUGGACUGACUUCUACCUUCAGUGGAACAUGUCUGACUAUCCCGGUGUGACCAACGUCAGAUUUCCAGACAACCAGAUCUGGAGGCCGGACAUCCUGCUGUACAACAGUGCUGAUGAACGAUUCGACGCUUCGUUCCACACCAACAUCCUGGUCAACUCCUCUGGAUACUGUCAGUACCUGCCGCCAGGAAUAUUUAAAAGCACGUGCUACAUCGACGUCCGCUGGUUUCCGUUUGACGUGCAGCGCUGCGACCUGAAGUUCGGCUCGUGGACGUACGGCGGCUGGUCUCUGGACCUGCAGAUGAUCGAGGCGGACAUCACCGGCUACAUCGCCAACGGAGAAUGGGACCUCGUGGAGGUUCCUGGCCGCAGAAACGAGCGUUUCUACGACUGCUGUAAGGAGCCGUACCCUGAUGUGACCUUCACCGUGGUGAUGAGGAGGAGGACGCUCUACUACGGCCUGAACCUCCUCAUCCCCUGCGUCCUCAUCUCCACCCUCGCCCUCCUCGUCUUCCUGCUGCCCGCCGACUCUGGGGAGAAGAUCUCGCUGGGUAUCACCGUGCUGCUCUCUCUGACCGUCUUCAUGCUCCUCGUAGCUGAGAUCAUGCCGGCGACCUCUGACUCCGUUCCCCUCAUAGCCCAGUACUUUGCUACCACCAUGGUGAUCGUGGGUCUGUCUGUCAUCGCCACAGUUCUGGUUCUGCAGUAUCAUCACCACGACCCCGAUGGAGGACACAUGCCUCAGUGGACUCGUGUGAUUUUGUUGAACUGGUGUGCCUGGUUCCUGCGGAUGCGGCGCCCCGGCGAGGCUAAAGUCCGCCUGGCGUGCCAUAACGCCUCUAAGCGUCAGCGCAGCAGUUUGUCCAGUCUGGAGCUGAGCGUCAGCCAGGCCUCUCUACGACAUCACACCCCCGUAACCAACGGCAACCUGCUGUACGUGGGCUUCAGAGGGAUGGAGGGGCUGCACUACGCCUCCGCCGCCGACCCCGAGCUGCUCUGUUCACGGCUGGAGGACGACAUGCUGAGAGCGGGGGGCGGAGGACGAGGAGGAGGAGGAGUCAUAGGGGGAUCGACCUUGGAGGCGGAGCUUAACCUGAUCCUGGAGGAGGUGAGGUACAUCGCCAGGCGUUUCCGUGGUCAGGAUGAGGAGGAGACGGUGUGCAGCGAGUGGAAGUUUGCGGCGGCGGUAAUCGACCGUCUGUGUCUGGUGGCGUUCUCGCUCUUCACCAUCCUCUGCACCAUCGGCAUCCUCAUGUCCGCUCCGAACUUCGUGGAGGCCAUCUCUAAAGAUUUCUUCAGCUGAGGAGGAGGAGAGCUGACGGAUGUACAGAUGAAAAAACCAGCAACACCUACGUCCAACCACCAUUUCCUGUUUGUGGCUUCGGUUUCAGUUCUCACUGACGGCUUUCAAAGCUUUCCAAAAACGACACACUUUCCUUUUGACCUUUAACCUGUUUUCAGACUCCUGAAUUUUUACUGCAUCCUCAGUUUUGGAGUAAUUCGCUCGAUUUGUUGUCGCUCUUGAGGAUGGAACAUUUCCUGCAGGUGGAAAAGCAAAGACGCUCAAAUGGAUGAACUACUUUAGGAAACUUUCAUGAGUACUUUCUGUGGAAACGCUUUAUUUCUGGUCCUUCCUGAGGGCUUUAUAAAAAGAAAGACACCGCUGAAACUGUGGAUCAACAAAGAUGCACCGUUAAUCACACAGACGGAGAGAAGAGAAAGCAGCGCCCUGCAGACAUCAGCAGUCAGUGCGUUUACAUGCAGACUGAUGUAGAGCUACAGUUAGAGCUGGACUGGUCCAUUUAACCAGACCAGUAGUUCUCAACUGGUGGGUCGGGACCCAAAAGUGGGUCGUGGAGCUGGUUUCAGUGGGUCACCAGUUUGUCUAAGUGUCUUUUAAGUGCUUCUGUUCCAUUGUUCAAGUUUUGACAGCAAGAGAUAUUAUUAGAUUGGUAUAU